AUGAUCGUUAACGCGUUAGCAGAUCUGAGUCAGUCUGCAUCAAACGCUAACUAGACUAGACAACAAUCUUUACAAGAUUGCGGUGCCGGUCUGUGUAUCAUGUUUCCCCUUGACUCCAGGAUGACUCGUGUGUACGCUGAAAUGGAUACUUGGGUUGCUAUAAACACCAUUGACCGAGGUGUGUAAGAGAUCCAACGCCUCAUACCUCGAGAUCAAAAUGGAGUCUAUUCCCCCUUCAUAUACUCCUUCCCCACCAUCACCGUCAUACUCGACACAGCUUCUCCCAGGGGAACAAACGGUUGAGGAGACUCGACGACGGUCUCCGCAAGCUUUGAAUACCGGAGUCUUUCGUAGAAUAACAGACAGCACCACACUUGUUUUAAAAGAUCAGCAACCGGGGAGCAUAACGCCUGUUUACGGAAGAAAUGGACUCGUUCGAGGUCACAUAUCUUUGCGAAGUUCAGAAGGCCUCGUAGAGGUCACCUUGAAGCUCGAGGGCCACCUUCGUCUUGAGACAUCAGGGGCAGCCAUCACCACAUUGGUUGCAUCUGAUUCGUAUUCUUUGUGGAGCUCUUCGUCCACUGAGCCAUGUCCUAUGACCCUACCAUUUACAAUAUUCUUUCCUUCUACUUUCAUGGAUAGAUGUAAACCGCAGCCUUUACCCCCCUCAUUCGAGCACAAAUUAGCGACGUGCACCUACACUCUUAGCGUCGUAAUCUCAAGACCUCGACGAUUUUUAUCAUCUUUCCGCUCUAGUGAUUGCCUCGUGGUACCCGUAUGCUAUCAUCCGCGUUCUCGCCCACACACACCCAUGCUUCCGAGCGACGUGCCGUUCAUGACCACGGUGAAGAGCUCCCCUGAAGAAUGGCACCAAGUACUCUCUACCAUGAAUGCAACACAGAGUUCCAGGCUCACGCCGGUACAAUGUCUUCUCUUUAUUCCUUCAUCACAGGUUUAUCCAUUAUCUGAGACCAUACCGUUCCACCUCCAAUUGCGUGCUCCAUCGAGUUCAUUAGCUCCAUUCAUUGACAAGUCUGCACCUAAUCAUGGCCUUCCUGUGCUCUCCUCAGAGGAAAUCUCCAUCCGCGUAUACAUACUCCGCCAAGUAGUUGUCAAAAUCUUCGAAGAACAAAAAUCGAGCAAUCGAAUAAUAGGAGAAGGCAAAUUGACAUGCUCCUCACCUCUACCCGACAACCAUCACUCAUAUCGCAACGUUCCCCUUGGGAAGGGCAUUGACUGUCUGGACUGGGAUGGGGAACUGCAAUAUACCGAAGAAGUCACCAUCGGAAGCUUCGCAACAAACCCGCUCUCAGUUAGAGAUUUCAUUGUGCUCUCCCUGGAACCUCUGCAGCCACUCAAGUGCCCGCUUCUUGCAUCAAAACACCUUCAUCCGAUUCGUCUAGUGACAGACCCAUGGUCGGAUCACGCAGUGACUUGGUAG